AUGAAUCAAUCAAAAGAAUUAGCUGUCAGUGUUCAAAAUGGUUGUAAAAAUUACGGACCUUUUUGGAAUUCUACACGUGUUUUACACGAUAUUACACUUAACGUUCCCGUUGGAAUUAUAUAUGGUUUAUUAGGACCAAGUGGAUGUGGAAAAACAACAUUAUUACGUUGUAUUGUUGGUCGUUUUGAAUUGAAUUCAGGUGAAAUUUUAUUAUUUGGAAAACAUCCUGGAAGUUAUGGACAUGAAAUUCCUGGUCGAUCAGUUGGUUAUAUGCCACAAGAAAAUGCACUUUAUAAGAAUUUUUCUAUUUCGGAAAUGCUUCAUUAUUUCGGUCGUCUUCAUCAUAUGUCGAAAAAGGAAAUUUUAUCUCGAGUAGAAUUUCUCAUUCAUUUUCUUGAUUUACCUUUAAAAACGAGAAAAGUUGCUCAAUUAAGUGGUGGACAACAACGUCGUGUUUCAUUNCUUCAUCAUAUGUCGAAAAAGGAAAUCUCAUCUCGAGUAGAAUUUCUCAUUCAUUUUCUUGAUUUACCUUUAAAAACGAGAAAAGUUGCUCAAUUAAGUGGUGGACAACAACGUCGUGUUUCAUUGGCAUGUGCACUUCUUCAACAACCGAAAUUAUUAAUUCUCGAUGAACCAACUGUUGGAGUUGAUCCUUUACUUAGAGAAAAAAUUUGGACACAUUUGAUUGAAAUUUGUCAAUCAAGUCAAACGACGAUUAUUAUCACAACUCAUAAUACUGAAGAAGCAAGAAAAGCCAAUCGAGUUGGAUUGAUGAGAAGUGGAAGAAUGUUGGCAGAAGAUGAACCAUUGAAACUUUUAAAUCAAUUUAAUCAAAUAAGUUUAGAAAAUGUUUUUCUUCAUUUGUGUUUUAAUGAUCAAAAUCGAAUUGAAAGAGAAAAUCUUCCAAUUUCAUUCGCAAAUCCUUUAACAACAGAAGUUAAUACAGAGAAUUUUCUUCCAAUGAAUACAAAUCAAAUCAAAAAAAAUUCCAAACCAAAAAAAAUUCUUCGAGAUUAUUUUGUUUUUCCCAAAUUACAUAAAAUUCUCGCAUUGAUUAUCAAAGAUUUAACAGUUAUCAAAACAACUAUCGGAUUUUUAUUUUUUCAAUUUUUAAUUCCUGUUAUUCAAGUUUCGUUGUUUUGUCUUUGUAUUGGACGUGAUCCAAAAGCUCUUCCAUUGGCACUUUUUAACAACGAAUCUCUCAACAAUUUCCCCACGGGAAAUGAGAGUUUACAACUUUUAAGUCAAAUCAAUUCUGAUCAAAUUCAUUUUAAUUCGUUUAAUAAUUUUGAUCAAGCAUUGGAUUCGGUAAAACAAGGUCGAUAUUGGGGUUUAGCUGAAAUUCGAACGAAUUUUAGUGAAGCGAUCAAAGACAAAUUUUUCAAAUUUCAAACUGAUCCAUUAACAUUAAAUACAUCAUCAAUUCAUUUACAUCUCGAUAUGACAAAUCAACAAGUGACAUUUGUAAUGCAAAAUGUGAUUUUAAAUGGAACAGAAAUGUUUUUAAAACGAUUUUUAUCUGAAUAUGGCUUUGAUCCUUCGAUUGUUAAUCCACCUGUAAUUAUUGAAAAUCCCAUUUAUGGAAGUUUAACUCCGAAAUUUUUGAAUUUCGCGGCACCGGGAAUGAUGAUAUCGAUCAUAUAUUUUUUAGCAAUUGGUUUAACAGCUCUAAUAUUUGUUGUUGAGAAAAAAGAAGGUUUGUUAGAACGAAGUUGGAUCGCUGGUGUAACUAUCAUUGAAAUUAUGUUUUCACAUAUCAUUGUCAAGUUUUUUAUUCAAAUUAUUCAAGUUGUACUUUUAAUUGUUUUUGCACAUUUCAUCUUCGAAGUGGAAUUUAAAGGAUCAUUAUUAUUAUCAAUGGCUUUGAUUUUUCUUCAGGGAAUUUGUGGAAUGACUUAUGGUUAUAUUCAAAGACGUGAAAAUUUAUAUUUCAUUUUUCUAUUUGUUUUUUUUAAAGGUUUAUUGAUCUCUUCAUUCUGUGAAAAUGAAAUGCAAGUUAUGGAAGUUGCCAUGGGAAGUGUUUUUCCCAUGUUACUCAGUUCAGGAAUUCUUUGGCCAGUCGAAGGAAUGCCUUCAGUUAUGCGUUUUCUCAGUCACUUUACACCAUUAACAUAUCCUGUUGAAGCGAUUCGAUGUAUCGCAGCACGAGGUUGGUCAUUUGUUUAUUACAAAGUUUGGCUUGGUUUUCUCAUAACAAGUUCCUGGAGUUUAGCAUUUUUCAUUAUCGCUGCUAUUUUACUCGCGUUGAAAAAAUAA